CUGCCUGCUUGCCUUCCUCGCCGGUGACUGGGGCGGCUCACGCGCUUUCUUAUUUAUUGAGGGAAGGGGGGAGGGGUGCGGGGAGAAGAACAUGAAGGCGGCGGGCAACGGGCAGCCGCGGCGGCAGCAGCAGCUGAGGUAAAGCGAGGCGGCGAAGGCAGAGGACGAAGAGGGCAGAGCGAGCGCGGCGGAUCAUCUCCUCCUUUUGGUUAUCAUUAUCAUUCGGCUCCCGGCAGAGGGAAUGGCUCACGGCGGGGCUGCGGGAAGCGACGAGCCCUUGCCGGGCACCUCCGGCCGCAGAGACGGCGGCGGCGGCGACGACGAAGGCCGGUCUCUGGCGGCGGCGCUGGUGAUGCGGGACGCGCUGUCUCUGGAGGAGAUCUUGCAGCUCUACAGCCAGCCCAUCAACGAGGAGCAGGCGUGGGCCGUCUGCUACCAGUGCUGCGGUUCCCUCCGCUCCCGAGGCCGCCGCGGGGAGUCUCCCAGCCGCAGGGUGGAGAGCCCCGCCGACAUCCGCAUCUGGAAGGACGGAACCGUCACGCUGGGCGAUGGCGCUCGGAGACCGCCGGCAGAAGGUAAAUCAGAAUAUUUACACCGUCCAGAAACAGAGGUAAUAGAAUCAUUGGGAAUUAUUAUUUAUAAAGCACUGGACUAUGGCUUGAAAGAGAAUGAAGAGCGAGAGCUAAGCCCUCCCUUGGAACAGCUUAUUGAUCAUAUGACCAACACAGUAGAAGCUGAUGGGAGCAAAGAUGAAGGUUAUGAGGCUCUGGAUGAAGGAGUAGAAGAAGAAAAUGACAAAGGAGACGUUGAAGUUAUACAGUCUUAUCGCGAUGUCAUGAAGCUCUGUGCUGCUCAUCUACCAACUCGAUCAGAUGCACCAAAUCACUAUCAAGCAGUGUGCCGGGCACUAUUUGCAGAAACAAUGGAGCUGUACACAUUCUUGGCCAGAAUUAAAAGUGCAAGAGAGAAUUUGAAGAAGAUGCAGGAAAUGGACAGAGGAAGAACUGAUGACUCUGAUCUUGAUGAUUUAAAAACUGCUGAUUGGGCUCAGUUUUGGGUGCAGGUCAUGCGAGACUUGCGAGAUGGUGUGAAACUGAAGAAAGUUAAAGAACGUCAGUUCAAUCCUCUUCCCAUAGAGUAUCAGCUCACUCCAUAUGAGAUGCUGAUGGAUGAUAUUCGAUCCAAACGCUAUACCUUAAGGAAAGUUAUGGUCAAUGGGGAUAUCCCUCCACGAUUAAAAAAGAGUGCUCAUGAUAUUAUCUUGGACUUUAUCCGAUCUCGACCUCCAUUAAAUCCAGCCUCUGCAAGAAAACUAAAACCAACCCCACCAAGACCACGUAGCCUCCAUGAAAGAAUACUGGAAGAAAUCAAGUCUGAAAGAAAGCUGAGACCCGUCUCUCCUGACGAGAUCAGGCGUAGCAGGCUAGAUGUAUCAACACCAGAGGCCUCCAAAAGGCUUUCAGAAAGCUGUCAGAAUGGCAGCUUUUCAUCUGAAGCAAAGGUGAAUGGCAUUGGUGCUACUAAGUUGACAGUACAACGGAAGAGACUUUUGAAAGCUCCCACUUUGGCUGAACUGGAUAGCUCAGAUUCAGAGGAGGAUUAUGUACAGAAAUCACCCAGCAGCAGUAGUAUUUCUCCCUCCCAAAUGGAAGAUACAUUUCCAGAUACCAUAUCUGGGAAAAAGGUGCCUCCAAAAUUCUUGCCAAUAUCAUCCACACCACAGCCAGAGAGGAGACAGCCACCUCAGAGGCGACAUUCCAUUGAAAAGGAAACACCAACCAAUGUUCGACAGUUCCUGCCACCUACAAAACAGAGUUCCAGAUCACUUGUUCCCAGGAUAACAAGUUUAUUUCCAAGGAUGACGCUCAAAACACUUUUCCCAGCCAUACAUACAGCCUCUCAGCUUAGCUCCCAUCCCUUUGAAGCAGCCUUAUUUGGGGUGGCAAGGACUAUAUAUUUUCUUUGUGAGAGAGCUCUUAACAACAAGUGGACACUCUCAAAGGAAGAGUUUUGUUACCCAGUGGAAUGCCUGGCUCUUACAGUGGAAGAAGUAAUGCACAUCCGUCAAGUGCUAGUGAAGGCCGAGCUAGAGAAGUACCAGCAAUAUAAAGAUGUCUAUACUGCCCUCAAGAAAGGAAAGCUCUGUUUUUGUUGCCGAACAAGGAGGUUUUCUUUCUUCACCUGGUCCUAUACCUGUCAGUUUUGUAAAAGGCCUGUAUGCUCACAGUGUUGCAAGAAGAUGCGCCUGCCAUCAAAGCCAUAUUCUACACUUCCCAUCUUUUCUCUGGGACCUUCGGCUUUACAGAAAGGAGAGAGUUUUAUGAGGCCAGAUAAACCUUCCACUAGCCAUCACCGGUCCCUUAGGGGCAUGCCAAGGUUAUCCUCAAAGUCCAAGUCUGUAGAUAAAUCAGAUGAAGAAGCACUAUUUCCAAAAGAGCUAAUGGAGGACUGGAGCACCAUGGAAGUGUGUGUGGACUGCAAAAAGUUCAUUUCAGAAAUCAUCAAUUCAAGCCGCCGCAGCCUCUCCCUGGCUAACAAGCGAGCCAGAUUAAAAAGGAAAACCCAGUCGUUCUACAUGGCCUCCCCAGGCACCUCAGAGUAUUGCCCUUCUGAGAGGACUAUCAAUGAGAUCUGAGCUGUGUGCCUUUCUCUUUGCUUUGAGAGAACUCGGUGAAACCAGAAUGACUUUUUUCCUUUGUUCUACCCAACAGCUUACAUUUGCAUUAGAUCACUGGUUUUGCCACUCCAUAAUUUAUACACAGAGGGAAAGUAAGAAAUUGGGCUAUGCAGCAGGUCAGUAGAUAAAACUGUUUGCACAGGAAGAAAAUGUCCGUUAGAAAUUGUUGCCUUUUUGUAUGUGGCACAGUGUACAAAGAGCGCCUUUACUUGCAUUAUUUUUUCUAGUGUUGAUUCCUUCGAUAAUUUUCAAGAAAAGAGUCAAAAUAUAGCACUACACAAUGGUGUUAGCACAGUUGUAAUUAUUGAACUAUGCUGGCAUUUACUACCAACUAACAUUUACAUUUCAGUCUUUGUGGCACACAAGCCCGUGCUUGUACAGAAAAUUGACGGGGGCCAUAGCUCUUAAUGCCUUAUGGUAUAGCACAAAGCUUUAAAGGAUGUGCUCAGCAUGGUCGAUCAAUCCAAACUAGAUAGUUUAUACUGUCUGGGUUCUAGGAUAAAAUAUUGAAUAAGCUAGAAGCCUGGAUUUUUGGGUAACUAUUUCCUGCAGCUGCUACUUGUUCCAGUAUAAUGAUAAGUGUGUUAUGUCUAAAGUAAUAGCAGUUUCUUCCCUAUCUUGAAUGUAUUCUGAAUGUUAGUUGCAGUAGUUGUUAGUUGUAGCUUUUAAACAUAAGCAAAAUACUCUCUAUGGAGGGGAUGCAAGAUAAGUGCAACUUUUUAAUAUUAAUGAGUUUUUUGUAAAAUAAAGAACAUUCUCUGGGUGACAAUCCUGAGAAAAUAGAUCAUAUGUAUAUUUGUAUUAUAGUGGAACACAUAAGUACUGCUAUAAUUAAGGGUCUGGAAGCAUAUCCAUUAUAAGCCCCAUUUUUACAGGGGCUUGUAUCUUGGCUGUAAAGAAAUUUUAUACCCUGCAAAAAUUUGAGGCAGGAUUGUCUCAGAUUGAGAGGUAGGUUUUUUUAAAGGUUUGGAGAAACACUGUCUAGCUGUUUUGAAGUUCCAGGAAUAUUACCAAACAUCACAUUUUUGCACUCUUUUAUAUUCCGAUUUUUAAAUGUAAACAAACUGGAGCUUAGUGUAGAGUAUGCAGCUGGGUUGUUUUUAUAUUUAUAACAGCACAGUUAUAAAUAUUUUCAGAUCAUCCAGUAGACAGGAACAAUAAUCCUUUCUCGUUUUUAAUGGCUAGGUCCAUAUUUAAUAUCAGUAUUCGGUAUAUGAUAGGAAGGAUUCAAAUAUUUGAAUUUUCAUUUUCACGUUUUAGGUUGAUGAGAGACAUCUCAGUUCACUUCCAAAAUAUGCAGAAUCUGCUUAAAUGCAACCUCUAUCCAGACAUUUGUUUAAUGAAAAUAUGCUGAGAAAUGAGUCUUAUCUUCCAAGAAAAUCAAAACCAAAACAUUAGAGGCUAAGAAAUAGAGCUAUUAUGUAAAGACUAAAAGCCUGAUAUUGCUGCUUUAAUAUCUGAAAUUUAACUAACUGCACAAGCACAAAUGUUUGGGGUCUUAGGAUGCAAUGGGGUCUCUGGUCCAAUUAUUUUUAAGCCACUCUGGGACUACUCUAUUUUCAUUGGAUAAACAAAUGUAGGCCGUGUCUACACUACAAACAAAACUGGCACUGUUGGCACAAUUGAGGAAUUCUCAAUGGCAAAAUAAAAUACUCCUACAAGGAAAGCCACAAGAGUUCCACCAAUGGACAUAACCCAAUGAUAAAAUUACAUUGUGACGACAUCAGGCCGAGAAGUAUUGUUAGACUAUAUUCUUUUUUCCAUUAACCAGCUUGGAAAAAACGGACUGAAAGCACCUACCGUAUUCCUUUUAUAGUUUGAUACAUUUUAUUAAUAAAUGUCACACAAUUGUGUGGCAGCAAAGGGGUCACCUCACAGCUCACAAAAGCAUCAGCAAUGGCUCCCAGUAAGGUGAGGCAUCAGCUAGAAGCUUCUCACCUUUGCAGGUUUUCUAUGUCAUCUCUUCUCCUUCCAUGCAGCUAACCUGCUCUAUUUCCUCAAUCUGGGGCCUUUAUCAAGAACCGGUUAUCUAGCUACUUUUCUAGAGAAAUAAGGUGUAUUCUGAUAUGUGCCUGGACACACAAAUGCAUCUAUGGAUGGAAAGCCUACUCCCAACAACCCCAUCUAUAUCAGCCCACACGCUCAGUCUCCAGCCUUCCCCAGGUUGAGCAGGGUACCCAAUCAUGCAUGGUGUUCUACGCAAGUUUAAGGGAAUGCAAGUACUAUGCCCUUAUAGACCUAUCCUGCUCAACAUGGGGAAGGUCUGGAACAAAUGUUUGGGGCAGGACUGGCGUGUGCUAUCUCCUGCCUACAGAUACAGAGUUCACGUGUUCAGACAAAUGCCUGAAUUCUUUUUGUAAAAUGUGGCUGGGACUCGUGUCAUUGCCUCGUUCUAUUAAAUAUUCUUUAGAUUUCCCAGGCUCUUUAUUAGUAUUGCACACAUGAACUUUGGUGCUCCUAUGGGUCCAGUCAGAUUAUACAGGGAGUGAAGUGGGGAUCUUUCUGGUAGAGGGCCACUCAAAUUCUGAGGUGAGGGGUUUGAGGUUGAAGUGGUGACAGUAUGAGUCACCUUGAAUGCCAGCGAUAUUGUAAGUGGAGGCUGCUUACCUCGUCUCAGUAAUUUUACCCCUGCACACAUGCAAUACAAUUCCUUCUUUUUUCUCCCUUUGACAAUGCACUUACUGCCACGUGCAGCAUUCAAUCUUAAUCGAAACUGCCACCAGUAAGCUCAAUAUUUUUCAGUCACCCUUUGCUUUUCUCAUUUCCUCUUUGACUCUUUCUGUCAGGAUCAAGGAAACAUGCCGGCCUUUAAUUUGGGGGAGGAAGUUCCACAAACUUCUUGUUUGAAGCCUGAGGGAAAACUUGGUUGCUUGAGCAUUGUGUUGUGUGACGUAACAUACUUGUCACCUUGCCAUUAAUAUUCCAACUGUGGUCCAAGUAAUAAGGAUAUUCGCUCUGUUUCUCCAUAUCACAGAAAGCUGCCUGUAACGUGAAGCUUUUUGGUGCCCUACUCUGUUUCAACAUAGUCGUAUCAACUUGUAAAUAUGUGUAAAAUAUAUUAACUUCAGAGAACCACCACUCUUUGUAGUGAGACUCAACCUUCUCAUGAAGAGUGAAGAGGAAAUUUAAAAUAAGCUGAAUGAGCCAACUUCUGUGUUAUCAGAAAUCAUACAUAUGUUUAAAUGAGUUUUAAAGAGGAAAAAGACUAUCUAGAACAGCAAACUUGGCACCAUAAGAACUUUAAAGCAUUUAUUUUUCUAAUUACUAAUAAAUCUAGGAAGUACCCCAAGUGUAUUGUAGAAAACCUGCAUCCAGUAAAAUGAUUGUGUGUUUUGUACAUGAAAAUAUUUUGUGGGAAAUUCCAAGCUAGCUCAGCUCUGCAGAAGGUGGCAACAAAGCCUUUGCAAUGCCUUGGUGUGCAGACAGAACUUUUAUGCAUCCCUGGUGACAAUGUUACUCUAUUAUUAUUUUGGUUGAAAUCCUUUAUUUAAAUAUGAAAUAUGAGGAAAAUAAAAACGCCUUUCUGUCAUAGCUUUUGUCUGUGUUAAUAAUUUGUUAUAACUCUGUACAAUAUUUGAAAAGAAUAUUUUAGUACUUACUUGGGCUGCAUGAAAGGCAGAAAAUCUCUCAGAUUUAUCUGAAGAAUAGCAAUAAAGCAAUUUUGAUGGCCUAUUUUUUUUAAAAAAGUAUUUAAUUGGCACAAGAUUCACAAACUGAAGUUUAAAAAACUUUCUCUAAAACAUUUCUGUACCUCAAGCUGCAUUUCUAAUUACAUGUCAUUUGUGCUGAAUCCUUAGUGUCUGCAACUACUACAUUUACAUUAAUUGUGUAAAUUCUGUCAGAAAAUAGAUUAAAUAGACCUUUCUACCAAAGGAAGCAUAUUCCAUAACAUAUUAAUUCAAACUUAUCACCCCUCUUCCCUAACCCAUUUGUUCUGCCUAUCCCUAUUAAGAAAAAGUUCUUCUCCUGUGGUUACUGCAAGUGAAGUGAGUCAAAAGGCCUCUUUGGAGGUCUUUAAGCAGAGGCUUGACAGCCAUAUGUCAAGAAUGCUUUGAUGGUGUUUCCUGCUUUGCAGGGGGUUGGACUGGAUGGCCCUUGUGGUGUCUUCCAACUCUAUGAUUCUAUGAAAAGUGGUUCCCUUUUAAUAACGCAUGGUUUCACAUUUUCAUUUGUGAAAUGCUGAGACACCAAACAGGUAUUAGGCAAGUGAUGGUAUCACAUGUGGGCACUUGUUAGCACAAUUUUGGAGUUCUAACAGCACAAGUAUUUUAAUUGUAGACCAUCUUUCCAUCCCUCACCUCCACAAUUUCCACAACUCUUUCUCUGCCUUGAGGAGAAAGAAGUGCUCUUCCCCCUCCCCUCGCCAGUUGCACUGGAAACCAAAUGCAAGAUUUUUAAAAUAUCAGGCAACUUACUGACUGUGUUCGUAGCUGCGGAAAAACAGAAGCUACUGUGGCUUAUAGGAUAAGAAAUUUUAAAUACUCUAGAUGCAAACUGCACGGCACAAUCUUCUGCAUAUUCCCAUGGUGCAUCCUACUGUGUUUAUUCUCUCAUGUUUAGGAUUGCACUCUUAAUCUCUUGUUUAUGACAUAAUCAAGAAUACUGUUGCAUAUAAUUUAUGCCUUCAGGAUUACUUCUGAAAAAUAACUUUAGUUCAGGUUCAAAUACUUGAUUGUUGGUUUUUUUGGUUUUUUAAAAGUAAUUUGAAGGUUCAUGAUGUUAGCAAAUUCAAACGACCUUCUGUCAUUUGCAAUCGAUAUAUAUGAAACUCUACUCCAAAUUACUUGAUAUUUGUAUUGUGUAUUUUUUGAAGAAUUUUUUAUCUGUGACAUAAAUUUGACUUCUGAAGGAUUGAAUUUGCAUAUUGUUUCGUACAUGAUGGUGGAUGUUUUCCCCCAAGAUGGCACUGACCACACUUGGGUCCAAAUGACCAUGCAACUAGUUUUAAAUGGCUGGCAUUUAUUUAUUUAUUUAUUUACUUACUUACUUACUUACUUACUUAUUUAUUUAUUUGCUGGGGGGUUUGAUUACCUGAUUUAUUUAUUUUAAAAGGUAAAGGACCCGUGACAGUUAAGUCCAGUCACAACGACUCUGGGGUUGCAGCACUCAUCUCGCUUUACUGGCCGAGGGAGCCAACAUUUGUCCGCAGACAGUUUUUCCAGGCCAUGUGGCCAGCAAGACUAAGCCACUUCUGGCAAAACCAGAGCAGCACACAGAAAUGCCAUUUACCUUCCCACCGGAGCGGUACCUAUUUAUCUACUUGCACUUUGACGUGCUUUCGAACUGCUAGGUACCCAUUUAACAAGUGUGUGUUGGCUUAAGCUAACACAAAGUGAUAUUCUGGAAUGAGCAUGAUGUAAUGCCAUGUUAAGGAAAAUUCUAAGCAGGUGGAAAAUAUUAUAAUGUGUUACAAAGGAGGUGAGGUCUCCACACUACUGAUUCUAAAAGCACCAGCUUAAGUACUUUUCAGUUUUUAGAAUACAAUUGAUUGGUAGGUCUUACAAAAUUGGAUAUAAAAUACAUCACACAGACAAAGUAGCUUGUACAAUCUGAUGGGUGCCAAAGAGGAACAUACCCUGGCAGUUUAGUUUACUGUACUGUUUUUAAAUUAAAUCUUUCUGAAUUAAAAUAUGGAGAACCCAUUUCUCUUUUUGCUAUUAAAAAGACAAAAUAAAUAAAUAAAUCUUGUUCAAAGCUACUAAGAGUGUAAUGACUAUACAAGCACCUUUGUGGAGUUCCAGCUAGAUUUGCACUUACAAAGACUUAAAAUGCUGAAUGUUUCGUGGUAGAAAGGCUCUGUAGCAAUAAGUUGCUAUGGCUGACAAAAUUUAGUAUUGCAGUAUUCUUGUGCUAUGACUUUCCCCCUAUUGGUUGGAUUUCUGUUUCUAAACUAGUAUCAGAGAUCAUCAUUCUAAACCAAGAGACAUGGAAUUAAUGGAAAACGGGCAUGUAGAGAUCUGCACUUGCUAACAAAGUGUGUCCAUAGAAGGGUACAUAUUAAAUAUAUGUUAAGUAUCUCUGCUAAAGUAGUAUCAAAUGUCUUGACAGGCUUUUUUAGACAGCACUAUCCAUCAACGGAGCACCUACAGAACAAAGUUUAUACAAUAAAGUUGGUGGUGACUGCUAUAAUCAAUACUUUUAAAUUUAUUUAAAACUGCUGGUUUAAAAAUCUAAGCAGUAGGCAAAAAGAAAC